AUGGCCUAUUGCUUUCUGAUUGAGCGUCCUUUCGCAUUUUUGUACGUUCUGCACCCAGUAUCAGAAGCAUUCGUGCACAGAGGAACGAUGGAUCGCGCUCGGCCCCGCAAUCAGACAGAAGAUAGACCGCCAACGUGCUUCGACAAGAAUCUAGCUGGCAUAUCUCAACAAAUCACAUUGAGAGAAGCUGCGGCGGCAUCAUUGGCGAAGAUGAUGUUGACGAGGAGUUCGGAGACAUUGAAGAAAGCGACGAAAAAGAACACGAAGAUGAGAAAAGGAAAAAUCUCUGGUGUCGCGAAUGAACCAAAACAAGAAAGACCGGUGUCCAAUUCUUCGAAUAUCAUGAUUGCAGCUACUGCCGUUCCAACAAAAUGCGUGAAGCCCAGAUUGAUUCCUCUGAGUGAAGUUAGAUAUGACAGCGUCGGACACUGGCCGAUACCUGAGGAUGGAAACAAACAACGAUGUAAACUAGAAUCAUGUGGAGGACGUUCACGAAUUCAAUGUGAGAAAUGUAACGUUCGUCUUUGCCCGACGAAACAUAGAAAUUGCUUCAAAACUUAUCCAUUGUAAAUAAGUGAG